AUGGGGGGAGUGGGAGGCUGUGUGCAGGGAUGGGGAGGAAGCUCUGGAGCUGCAAGACUCAAGAAGGAAAGAAAGGAGACUACCAUCUUGGAGCUAAAGAACGAUCUUCAAACACAGAUAGAAGAAUUGAAAAGACAGAAAGAAGAAAGGAUACAAGAACAGAAACUACUUCAAGAACAAGACCAAAAAUUGUGUGAGAUUCUUUGUGUGCUCCCAUACAGCCUUGACAAUGACUCGGUACUCAGCAUAGAGGAGCUGAACCAGUUCAGAAAUCACCUGGCAGCUCUGGAGGAAACAAAGGUAUAAUUGCGGGAAGAAUUUGUUAGCACAAAGAAGCAGAUCCUACUCUGUAUGGAAGAUCUGGAUCACACUCCAGAAACAUAUUUUGAGAGAGAUGUGGUAUAUAAGGAUGACAAGACUUUCUGUCUGUCACUGGAGAACAUAACAGCCCUAAAGAAUCUGCUUUUACAGCUAGAAAUGGAAAAAGCUGAGAAUGGUGUGUGUGAAGGGCUAUGCUCUCGAAUCAGGGAACUCUGUCUCUGGUUACAAAUAUCUACCCAGGAGAGAGAAGCUCUGGCCACAUUCAUGACUGGGUCAAAGGCCACGAUCAGAAAAGUGCUACAGUUAGAAGUAGAUUGGUUCAAGGAUUUGAGGAUUCAGAACUUGAAGGAAAUGAUUGAAGCAAUCAGAGCGGAGCUGGCACUAUAUUGGGAAAAAUACUUUCACAGCCAACAGCAGAAAGAAGCCUUUACAUAUUACUAUAACAAGAACUACACAGAGAUCUUGCUAAAGCUCCACGAUGAAGAAAUUGUGAAGUUGAAACACUAUUAUGACCUGCACAAAGAGCUAUUUGAAGGUGUUCAGAAGUGGGGAAAGAACUGGAAACUUUUCUUGGAAUUUGAGAAUAUAUUGGCUUCAGAUCCAAGCCAAUUUUUGAACCAUGGUGGAAAUCUCUUAAAAGAAGAAAAGCACCAAGCCAAGCUCCAAAAAACACUCUCUAAGCUGGAAGAGGAAUUGAAAGCACAGAUUGAAAUGUGGGAAAAGGAACAUUCCAAGGCUUUUGUGGUGAAUGGCCAGAAAUUCAUAGAAUAUAUGAUGGAACAGUGGGAGAUGUUUCAUUUGAAGAAAGAGAAAGAAAAGCAGGAGCAACAACUAAAGAAGAACCAGCAAGCAGGAGCAGAGAUGUCAUAUAGCAGCAGAUCCAAAAUACCCUGCAAGAAGCAAGGACUGGGACCUAAUUCAUCAGGCAAAGACUACAAGAUAACAAAGCUUUACCUCAUUAAAAAAUCUGACUCCUAG